AGAAAGAAAGCCCGCCUCCCCGAAUAUGCUUUUUAUACAUUUUCCUGCCAACGAUCCGCAAACUCUGAAGGGAGGUUUCGUGGGAUCUGUUGAUCAUGAUGCUGCUCAAGUCACUCGUGUCCCUCUGCAUCCUUGCUGCUGUUGCCUUUGCUGUCCCCGCUCAGGAGAAACGCAUCCAUCACCAUGCUGAUUUGAGUGACCAUGUCCACAAGGAUGAUCACGGCUUCCACUAUGACCAUGAGGCCUUUCUGGGCAAGGAAGAGGCCAAGACCUUUGACCAACUGACCCCUGAUGAGAGCAAAGACAGAUUAGCAAAGAUUGUGGAUCGCAUUGACACUGACAAGAAUGGCUAUGUCAACCACGCAGAGCUGCACUACUGGAUCAAACACCGGCAGAGGCGGUACAUUGAGGAGAAUGUGAACAAAAACUGGAACGACUACGACCAGAAUCAGGACGGGAAGAUUGCUUGGGAGGAGUACAAAAAUACCACCUAUGGAUACUAUCUGGAUGAGGAGUUUGAUGAUGUUGAAGACAAGGCUACCUAUAAGUCAAUGCUCCGCCGCGACGAAAGACGCUUCAAGACAGCUGACCGAGACGGUGAUGAUAUCGCUACACGGGAUGAGUUUACUGCCUUCCUGCACCCUGAGGAGUUUGAUUACAUGAAGGAAUUGGUAGUGAAGGAGACGGUGGAAGACAUUGAUAAAAAUGGGGAUGGCAAGAUCAACUUAAAUGAAUACAUUGGCGACAUGUACACACCAGAGAAUGGGGAGAGUGAGCCCGAGUGGAUCCAGACAGAGCGGAAACAUUUCACAGAGUUCAGAGAUGCCAACAAGGAUGGCUACCUGGAUGAUGAUGAAGUGGCCGAGUGGAUUUUGCCGCGAGAGGUUGACCAUGCUGACAAUGAAGCCAAACACUUGAUCCAUGAUACAGACACGGACAAGGAUGGCCAUCUGUCUCUUUCCGAGCUAUUGGACAAGAUUGACUACAUCAAGACCAGCACCAUCACUGACUAUGGAGGCAUGAGGUUGGAUGACCACGAUGAACUGUGAAUAAGAAUAAUCGAUAUUGUGGAUUAGUCUCUUUGGGAUUUCAAGCGGCUCUUGUUUGUUUCUUCUUUCAGAGACAAGGCAACCCUGCUAAGUACUGUGGUUAAUGUUCAGAAACUAUUCAAAACAACCCAUGGAUAUUAAAUUAAAUCUCCACCAAACAAUAAACACUGCCAGUCAACGAAAGUUAAAAUAGAUUUAGUCAUUAUGUUUAAUGUAAAUCACUUGAAAUUAGAGUUAUUCAUAUUAAUAGUCUAAUAAUGUUUACCUCUAUCUGCUUUAAAGACGGCUAUGGAAGGACAGCUGACCCCUUUUAUCCUAACCUUCACAGCUUAAUACCUAACCCAUACCCAACCUUGCAUAAGUUAAACUUCAACCUGAACAAUAAAACUGAGCAGCCCUUUGAUAAAUUUUGGUUGUGAGGACAUUUUGGCCAGUACUCAUAAAAGUGGUUUGAACAAAAAAUUUCCCUCACAACAAAAGAAAUACACUCUUUUUCACCCACAAACGCCGACUCAAUGCAGUAGAUUAAACCAGAGCCUGUCUGAAAGGGUAAGUAAUUACUAGUGUAAUCCUUCUAAGUUUGGACCCUUAUCAUAAUAUAGGACAGCUAAACCGAGUCAACUCAGAUGGUCAGAUUCACCCUGUCAUCAGGAUCUUAUAUUUGGCAAGGCUUUAGAAUAAUAUGGUUCAGAAAUUUGAAUGUAACUUUUUAUUCAUUUCAUAGUGCUUGAUACUGAAUGUAAAGCUGCUUUCAAACAUGCUCUGAACUCUCUAGAUCCUCUAGACCAGUGGUUCUCAACCCUUUUUCAGUGAUGUACCCCCUUUGAAAAAUAAUUCAGCUGAGUACCCCCUAACCAGCGCAAAGCAUUUUUGGUUGAAAGAAAGAUCCAAUACACAGUGCUGUCCCAUUAAUGUCUGAUUUUAAUAAUCCUUGUAACUAGACACGUUCUCUCUCUAACUAUUUGGAAAUAAAAUGAUAUGAAAAUAACUAAAGAACUUAAAGUGACCUCUUUUGGGAUCAUAAUAAAGAUGGUCUCAAACUGAACUCAUGAACUUUAUUAUAGAUAAACAAUUCUUCACAAAAAAUAAAUCAUUAACUUAAUUUUAAAUAAAAGAUUAGCUCAAAAUAACAAUUUUAAAUAUGUAUCAUCCUAUAUCUUCUUUAUGGAGUGAAAAGAAUACUAACUAUCUUAAAUUUACAAACUGUCAUCACUUAAGAUGCCAUUGCUGCAUUGAGCUGAGUGAGUGCUUCAUUUACAUUUUAGUGAGAAACUUGUGCUUCACUGAGGAUCUUUGUCAGUCUUGGUGGCAGGGAAGCAACUGCUGUGAUCAAGCUCUUCUCCAUGCACAGUCUGUUUCUUUGCUUUGUUUUGAUCACAGUCAUUGCAGAGAAGAAGGCCUCACAUAAAUGUAAGGAGGCAAAGGGUAGUAGCUGCUCCAAAGCUUUCCGUCCCAGGUGUGGGUGCUACUGCUUCACUCACACCCAAAACUUUGUGAGUGUGGAUGUGGCAAACUUCAUCUGGAGGCUAGGUCAGAUGACACUUCCAGGAGUUUUUCCUGAUAAGUGACUGGUAGCUUGUUUCCAUUUGCUUCGGGGAGGCUUUUCGCAUCGUUUCUUGAGAUGACCUGAAUUCAGAAAGUUUCCUCUUAAAAAACCUCAUGUGGCUUACCAACAUGACUUUCAUGUUUUGUCUGGAGAUACCACUGAAGAUGUGCUGCCUUAAUGCCACUGUUGGCUAAUCUCUCCCCACAGAAAAAAACACAAAGUUUAAAUAACCCAAUCUAUGUUAUGUUAAUAUUGUUCAAGUAUCUUUCUGUUAUUUUAUUGUGAAAUAUUUGCUCGCUUUAAGCUUCUUUUUUUUUUUAUUAAAUGCUUUUAUUUUGAAAGUGUUCCGGUAGAGACGUGGAGUUCCUGUUAUGAAUUUGUAACUUCACAAUGGAAAAGUGUGAUUUAGCGCCCCUCCGAAUAGGCACAAGCGCUCACGGUGUGGUUUAGGGAAGUUUCAAAUAAACCUGAAAACAUCAGUUAAAGUCUCGACCUUCUAGUGAAUACUGACGGAAUUUUGCCGGCUCUGGUCUUGCCUUCUUUGGCAAUUGUCCCUCCGUGUUUCAGCGGUUUCUGCGCUUCAACCCAAACUACAGAGUUUUCAAGGCGGCACUUCAGUGAUGACAGGUGAUGAGAGCUGGCGUGUGCCAGGUUGGGUCAAGCCAUCGGUAUGGGGGAGACUCUGGGUUUUUAGGAUAAUGAAAUAGAAUAGCCUACUGAAUAUAAAAUUAAUUUCAUGAACUUAAACUUAUAUUUUAUUGAAUAUUUAUUAAAUGACAAAUUUUAAAGGAUUUUUGAAUGGAUGCUAAUUGGAAAUAUAUUUAAAAAAAAUCUCACGUACCCCCUGGAGUACCUUCAAGUACCCCCAGGGGUACGCGUACCCCCAUUUGAGAACCACUGCUCUAGACAUUCUCCAGAGGGGCUGUAUAUAUAUAUGAACGCAAAUAUCAGAGAGAGCCUAUGGACUUUCUUCAUUGCAUAAUUAAAUGUUCGCUGCUAUGCAGAUGACAACCAGUUGUACCUAAUAAUAAAACUAGAAUAUUGUAAUCCAACUCAACUUCAAGCAUGUUUGAAGGACAUAAAAACAUGGAUGAACAGGAAUUUUCUCUUAUUAAAUGCAGAUAAAACCGAGGCUCUAAUACUUGGCCCUUAACACCUUAGAAAUGCAUUAUCUGAUGAUAUAGCUGCGCUAGACGACAUUGCCCUUGCUUCCAAUGAAACAGUCAGGAACUUGGGAGUGAUUUUCGAUCCCGAUUUUUCUUUUGAUUCUCACAAAACAAAUUUCUAGGACCGCCUUCUUUCACUUGCGUAGCAUCUCAAAAAGAUGCAGAAACAUUUGUCCACGCCUUUGUUACAUCCAGAUUUGAUAUUGUAAUUCCUUGUUAUCAGGCUCCAGCAGUAAGUUGUUAAAAACUCUGCAGCUUGUCAAAAAUGCUUAGCACGUGUCCUGAGAAGAACCAUGAAAAAAGCACACAUUUAUCCUGUAUUAGCUUUGCUAUACUGGCUUCCGGUUAACAAAAGAAUAUAAUUUUAAAUUCUUCUCCUCACCAAGCUCCUCUUCCACUCCCUCUUUAUCACAUUAAUGUCUCAUCAAAACGUUACUGACUUGACUUCUUCCCGUAGUCCUUGUGCUUUAUCGAUCGCUACUGCAAAUACAUCGUAGAUUAUGAUUGGUAUAUCAUGAAUCAGAGAAUCAGAUGGCAGAUCAUGGAUCUUGUUGCCCGUUGAUUGUGUAGGCAGAUGAUCACGGACUAUUAUUUACAAGACUGCUUGAUAUACAAUAUGCCUAUAUACAUACCCUACCAUUACUGACAAUAACUACAAAUACUUUAAACGUAGACACACUUUCCAAUAUGCUACAAAUGGUUUCUGCCGAUCAUUGUUUAAAAUACUGUUAUUUUGCUGAUGUUCUCAGUUACACGUGGCAUCUAUUGCACUUCUGUCUUUCCUGGGAGAAGGAUCCCUCACAUGUGUCUCUCUAUGAAGUCAAUGUUUUUACCCCCCCUGUAAUUUGUCCUUACUUUUGUUGAGGGUUAAAAGCAGAGAAUGUCGCACCUUGUUAAGCCCUUUGAGAUAAAUUCUGAUUUGUGAUAUAACA